AUGUAUACACCAUGGAAUAAAGUAUUUAGAUUUAAUACGUCUACGACACCCGCCGGAUUUACUGGUACUGGAUUGGUGACCUUUCCCGAUCUUUCAUCGGUAGGAUUACCCAUUUCCGAGACUACACUUCAAUAUACAAUGAAAUACAAUGCUUCGGGAGUCUAUCCAUUCAUUUGUACAGGUCCUUCCAUUACCAGUAAUAAUCUAUUCAAUUAUGUGGCCACUUGGAUUGAAUACAACAUCUCAAUUGUAGAGACUGAUUUCUCUGCCGAAGAGAUCAUUCUAACGUUUGACAGUACAACAAAGUGUCCUCGUCAUUUGGUAUUCUAUGACCAGCCUACUGCUGGCAAUUAUUACAACUUUUAUACUGUCGCUGGUGUUGGAAAGGCUAUUGCUCUGCCACCUACUCCAUCUAGUCAAACCAAACAAUACUUUGUAGAUAGCCCCUCACUGUCUAGAUGGACUGUAUUAAAUAUGGCUGGUCAGGGUAACAGUGGUCCUGCAGAUGUACAAUGCAAACAAACUACAGUAUUGUUGCCUGCAAACUAUUUCUAUGGUGUAACUAGUCAGUAUGAAGCAUUAUCGUAUCUCUUUUUCCAAAGUCAAUUUCGUGUCGAACAAGUUAAUGUCUCGUCAACUGGAGUAUCACCUGCCAUCACUCUAAAAGAUCCAGUUGAUACUUAUCAAGGUUCAAACAACUAUUUCUACGCCAUGUUAAAGGUUGACAAGGGUAACACCUAUACUUUAAAAGCUCCGAAUCCACUUGACCAAACCUACACUGAAAAUCUAGGGACUCCACCAGCCAUGUCAUUCCCAGCCGUCGUUACAUCAUCCAUUACACUCGGGACAACUGGAAUGUACCCCAAUAUAGAUGGGGCAUUUUACGGUCAAUUCUAUGCGUCUGGUCGUCCAACCUAUCUUGUUCAUGUCAAGUUGAUACUAGACACAUUAGACAACAUAGCCUAUUUGGAUAAUUAUUGUGGCGCCAUUCCUCUAUACCAACAUAGAGACUUGACAUCGUUGCAAUUGGAAUAUCGUACAGAGAUUGCAAUGUUUUUCCAAUCUUGUGAAAGUUUCAAUGUCUAUGCAGUCGCACGUAAUGGUUUACGAAAGCUGAUUGCUUUUCAGGCAUUUUUCUUGUCGUUUGAUACUGCCAAACCACUCUACUCUGUUGCUCCUUUAAACCCAACUCUCACAACUGCCUCAUCUGAUCUGUCUCUUCGAGACUACCAAGCACUAGUCUCUAUGAAUCCACUCUUUGCCCCGUGGAUCAAUACAACAGUCACUCAAACGACAGUUACCGCCUAUACAGACCCACUCUUUUCAAUGUUUGCCACCUUUCCCUAUGGAAUGAGUGGUUAUGCCAGUCAAAUGCAGUAUACUCACAGAUACACACAACCAGACGAUGUUCCACCAAUGACUGUCAAGUUUAUCAAUUCGGGUGGCAAUACAAAUGCUCAAAUCAACGCUGACAAUAGUAUAAAGGCAAAGGUGGAUGUCUUGAAUCCACUGGUCACUGUCAAUAUUAGAAUGACCAAUGAUACAAUUGGAUACUUUGAAGUAGAUGUUACCGAUACUAUUGGUAUUGGAGAACGUAGUUGUUCGUUGUCAAUUGGACCAUACCAAUACCCAAUCAACAGUGCUGUUCGUAUCCUUGGUUCUCCAUCAAGAGGUUCCUAUCGUAUCCCAUUUACAUUUAACCCAGGUGUUUAUUGUUUGACCCCCGUUGUACUGUCGUGUCGUGAUGUUAGAGGAAAUGUCAUUCAGGUGGACACCAAGUCUAGAUAUGCAGGUGAUUAUUUCCCAAUCAACCAAUUGACAGCUGUUUGCAACUCUUUACUUUCAAAUGGUGUUCCAACAGUUUUACGUACAAACUAUUUUUACAACAAUACUGGUGAUCAAGUAGGAUUUACUGUAUUGAUCACUGGAAAUGGUAUCGCCUUUAACAAGGUAACAGCUACGAUGGUUCUCUAUGAAGAUAUCCAAAAUACCAUCUUGGUCCAAUCGAUCCCAUUAGUAUUGGAGAAUACAAAGAAUCAAGCAGCUGUAUUCUCUACGGUUAUUCCAAAGUUUGUUGUGUCUACAGCCAAGAACUACUACUUUGCAUUGGGACUUGGGUUAUCUACACAACCGACAACCUUUUACUAUAGUACCACCGAUCUAAACUUUAUGUUGUUUAGAUCAAACUCUUGGUCAAAGUUUGGUAUUGAUGGAAUGUAUCUCACCAGUUCAAUCACUCAAAUGGUUGUCAAACCUUUAUCGUCUGAGAUUCCAACCAUCUCUCUACAACUUUCAACGACAUCUGGUAUUACAGUAUCAUUUGGUGCUGGUAAUACUAGAUUAAAGAGUUUUAUUCUUGUUGCCAAAGACUCUUACCAAGGAGCAGCUCAAACUAGUAUAUACACUCCUCCAGUCCCACUCACAUUGCCUACAUCAGUUACCAUUCCCUACGAUGUAUUUACACUUGACAAACCAGGUACACUUUACUAUGUUCUCAAUGCAUGUGACGAAAACAAUUUCUGUCGUGAUUUCCCUCCCUUUGCCUAUUUCGCCAGAAACACCACAUUUGCCCAAACACCUCCAACCACCACCUCUUCUGUCAAAUCGUUUACCGUCACUCCAACCACGAUUGAUGUAACUAGUCCCGAUCGUAAAUUAAAGUUUUCUGCCAAUGUAGAUUAUAUGUACGACCGAAAUAUAUUACCCAUCAUCUAUAUUGUCGAGAAAAUAUCAGAAGAUGCACUAUUCUGUAUCCCAACCUACAAUUCCUCUCUUUCAUCACCUGGAAACUCAUUUUAUGAUUGUGAAUUAGAGGUACCUUUGGGAUGGGGUCUUCGUGGAGUCAUUGUAUCUAUUUGGAAUGUUAAAGUUGGUAAUCGGUUCACUGGUACCUAUUUAAAUACCUCUGUCACUUUUACAGGCAACGUACUCUCACCAGUCAUCCAUACAAUUCAAUCACUCUACAAUGAUCAACAUAUUACCAUUGUUGGUGCAAACCUAGGCUUCAUUGGUCAAUUAGGAUUUGAACCAAAAUUAAAUGGAUCAGACUUGGCAAUAGUCUUUGAUACAUCUCUACCAACCAGUGUUUUGAAAUUAAAGUUGACCCCAGGGUUUGUUCCAACUCAGCCAUUCCCAAUUCUAAUUGGAUCAACCAGAUAUAUUGUUAAUCUGGUUGGGUGUACAUUCCCUACUUGUUCAGACAAUGGUAUUUGUAACCCAACGACAUUCCAAUGUCAAUGUAAACCAGGAUGGGUUGGAAUAGGUUGUAAUAUUGCAGAAAUUGAAAUGUGUAGUAAUAUUACUGCCAAUGGAAAUACUUGUCUAAACGGUGGUACCUGUCAACAAGGUGGUAUUUGUAGUUGUCAACCAGGAUACAUGGGAGAUCAAUGCCAAUUUGUCCUUGCCAAUGACAUGUCUGUGGAAAUGAUAGUUGAACCAGGUGACCCAACUUGUCACUUUAGAGGUAUCAAACAAGUACCCCAACAAAAUACUAGUCGAUCAAUUCAAGCUAUUUUAGCCAAUGAUAGCGGAGACAUACCACCAUUACUAUCAGAGGCAAGCAAAUUAACCAAUUUUACAAUUAAAUUGGUGGCCAUUGAUGAAUACGAUAUAGAUAAUAAUGUGGUUGUACAUCAUCCAUUGACAAAUUGGACACUAAAGGAACAAACCAACAGCAGUUUUAUGUUCAACAUUUAA